AUGCCUGGCCCCGUGGCUUCAGGAAUCCAAUAUUCCCCUUUUGCUCCCGUCCAACCGAAAUUAGGGGGAGUCCAACCCAGCCAAAGUGCUCCACCUUUCGGUUAUAGCACCAUGCCCGCACCUGGAUUCAGUAUGGCUCCGGCAGGGUACGGGGCGACGCCCACUGGAUACAGUGCUUUUCAGCCUGCAUUUAGUGCUGGAGUUGCUGCUCCAUCCCAGCCUCCUGAAUCCAGUCGAGCUCCCAGCAGUAGUAAACGCUGGGGGAAGGGCAAGGGUCGAAGGCCUAAGGGAAGUGGAACCGCACAGGCUGAACAGGGAGCCACAUCUGGCGAAAAGUAUGUCUCGCAGUAUUCCGAGUACACUGACUUGGUAGACUCCUAA